AAGCUGCUGAGGCUGAUGCUGAGGCUGAGCAGCUCCACUUCCACGGAGGACCCGGAGCAUCACUGUGGACCGGCUGAGCAACAAGUGGACGGAACCGGCAGCAUGGACCACUCCAAACACUCUCAGUACUCUUCCGCCGACAAGAAGGACUCCGGGAACACCGGUGGCGGCUCGGUGUUAAACGGACACUUUGAGGGGAUGGUGAAGGGGGAGCUCCGGAGCUCCGCCGCGCCGGCACCGGGAGCGGAGUCCGGGUCGCACCGGGCAGCCGCCUCGGUGAUGGAGAGCUGGAAGGAGGAGCGGACCCGGAGCGUGGAGGACAACGAGAUGAGCCUGCCGUCCCUGGCCGCCGCCUACACCACCAUCCUCCGGGGGCUCGGAGAGGACCCGCAGCGGCAGGGGCUCCUGAAGACCCCCUGGAGGGCCGCCACCGCCAUGCAGUUCUUCACCAAGGGCUACCAGGAGAAGAUCAUCGACGUGCUGAACGACGCCAUCUUUGAUGAAGACCACGACGAGAUGGUGAUCGUCAAAGACAUCGACAUGUUCUCCAUGUGUGAGCAUCACCUGGUUCCUAUCUUUGGCAGGGUUCACAUCGGUUACCUCCCCAACAAGAGAGUUCUGGGCCUCAGCAAACUGGCCAGGAUUGUUGAAAUCUACAGCCGUCGACUACAAGUUCAGGAGAGGUUGACCAAACAGAUCGCCGUGGCGAUUACCGAGGCCCUGCAGCCCACUGGAGUCGGAGUCGUGAUCGAGGCGACACACAUGUGCAUGGUGAUGCGCGGCGUCCAGAAGAUGAACAGUAAAACCGUCACCAGCACCAUGUUGGGAGUUUUCAGGGAAGAUCCGAAAACCCGAGACGAGUUCCUGACGCUGAUCCGGAGCUGAGGAGGAAGACACCGCUCCUCCUCCUCCUCCUCCUCCUCCUCCUGUUGCCUGGGUUACCUCCACCUGCACGGACCGGCCGUUGGUCACCUGAGUGUGUGCGUCAGAGUGUGUGUUUGUGUGUUUCCAUCCCACCGGAGGCAGUGACAGAGUGUUGACGUGUUUUCACCGUAGAGAUAAAGUCGUUGCCGUAGUGAUUCGGUCUGACAGGUCGUUUACUUUCAAACCACAAAGAGACUUUAAACUUUCGUCCACGUGUUGUUGUUGUGAUUGUUGAUCAAAUAUCAGCGUUUGACCUCCAAUAACUCUCAGCUUACCAGGAGGUUUUGUUUCUGAACUUUUGCUCCUCAGAUUUCCUGAUAAAACCUCCAGCUGCAUUUAAACGUCCUUCAGACACUAUUUGGCACAAAUGGCACCAAAAAGAUAAAAUUUCAGAAUCAGAAGCAGCUUUUUUGGCCAAAUAUGUGAACAAAUACAAGAAACUAUACUUUAGUGUUUUCUGCAGCUCCUAAAUGACUAUUUUUUUAAUUUACACAAAGUAAAACAGACGUGCUCUUAAACAAGAAAUAAGUGUUUAACGACUAUACACUGCAGUUAGAUGUAAAAAAUCGUGUUUAAAGUCAACUAGAGUUUACGUUCAAAAUCAAAGUUCAGUGCAAUUAAUGACAAAUACACAGAAUCUGCAGGAAACGGCUUCAGAUUCACACUUAGAUUUUCUUUUUUAAUGUAUAAUGUCAACACUGACUGUCCAAAUUUUUCCACAAAUGUAGAAAUAAAAAAAGAUUUUAACAAACUAAACUCAUAUUCAUUCAUAUUAUAAGGCUCUCUGAGAGCUAAAAUCUGCUGAGUUAAGAAUAAAACUUCUCAAAACAAGAGAUGUGUUGGUUCUAAAGUAUUUUAGUGCUAAAAGUGCCUUAGUUUGGUUAAAUUAUUCAUAGAUCACAUUUAAAAUCAAUGAAAACUGACCAGACAGAAGAAAUUAUGGAACUCAUAUUACACCAGAAGUCACUAAUAGAAGUAAAAAUGCAACGAUAUUGAGAUUUAAACGCAGAUUUUAACAGUGGGAGAGUUAAUAAAGCUUCAUUUAAAUAGUCUGGUUCUAAAUUCUCUGUUGCUUCAGGAAGGAUCACAGUGAAAAUCUGAUUUUAGAGCAGCCGCAAAACCAAAACAACUUAAACUCUGAAAAGCCCAGAAUCAAAGUCGUUCCAUGUUUUUUUUUUAUUCUGACAGCAAAUCUGUGGCACUUCACAGGCCAGCAGACCCUCCAGUGAGCUGAACUACACUCAGGUUUCACCCCUCAGACGUCGAUUAUUAAAUCAGGUUUGUCGUUUUUUAUCAGUAAAAAUCGUAUCGUCGAGCUGACAGACGUAUUUUACUGUUUUCUUUAGCUGUUAAUUCACCAAUUUAAAGACAGUAUUUUCCUUCUAAUGUCAAAUAUUCCACCAAAAUCUUUAUUUUAAAUAUCUGUCAGUAUUAUUCCGCCAAUCACAUCGAGUUACUGAAGGAAAUGUCAUCAUGAAUUUGUCUCUUGUAUUUAAGUCAUUUUUGAAUCUAAAUUGUCAAACGUUUGCAGAUUCCAACCAGUUUUUCACAUUAAUAUCUUAAUGUUUCAGACAAAACGAGUCACUUUGAGCCUUUUUUCACUUACUUCUGACAUUUUGUAAACAACUAAUCAAUCAACAAAAAAAGAAAACACUGAAAGAUUACAAACUGCAGCCCUGAAUCUGACUUUAGAUGUUCUCGUCUGAUCUUUUACUCGUGUUUUUUGUGAUGAACGGCGCUUUAACACUCUGUCACACCUGAAAAACCUCAAACUUUACGUCACGUCUUUUCCUUUUUAACCUUUUACUCUCUUAGCUGAGAAUUAAAACCACGAGGUUUAUAUUUGUACAAACUAUUUCACCGUCAAACUGCAUUUAUUGUGAAGUCUUUAGAGCUAAAUCCAGACAAACGACAGCAUUAUUCUCAUUUUUACCUUUAAUUUCCAGUGUUUUUGGUCCUGUUGGAGGAUCUGCCUUUACGUGCCAACUCGCCUCUCGAUUUAAACCAAAAAACGGCUUCAUGGUGAAACAAACUUUCAUUUUCAUGAGAGGAAAAAGUCUGUCAGUGUGUGUGUGUGUGUGGUUUUGACAGUUCAGACUCUGUGGAGACGAGUGUGUGUGACAUUGUGUUGACUUGUGUAGCAUCGUUUUUGGAUUUCGGUGCAUCCCAGCGUCCUCAGACAGACUGUGGGAGGUUUUAACUGGUGUGUCUGUGUGUGUGUCGGAGGGAAGACGAUGCUAACAAACGGCUCUGAUGUUGUUUUAUUUCAUGGCCUUGUUGAGAAGGACGACUUCUUCAGCAUCAUUGUCACUUUAUGUACUGUGUUCACUUCAAAGACUUUUUAAUCAAAUGAAAUAAACGUCUAUGUGACAGCA